AUGAAAACUAUUUAUGAUAAAUGUCCAUUAACAUUUAAUGGUGCUUUUGGUCUUACUAAAACAGCACAUUCACUUAAGAUUUGUUCAAAAUUAAAUCAACGUUCAGUUGGAUUAUAUUAUCAUUUUAUAACUCAACAUGGAUUAAAACCCUUUUAUGCUCGAUAUUUAGCUCACGAAGUUAAAAAUGGAAAAGAUUCAAGCACAACAAAAUUAUUCAAUGAAAAUGAUGAUGUUAUUGAUAAUUUUCAUAAAAUUCCACGUCCAUUUAAUGAUGGUACAAUGAAUUUAUUUGAUUAUAAUUCAAAACGAGUCAUUCGAGUACCAUGUCAAAUGAAAUCAAUUUUACAUUAUCGUUUAAAAAUUCAUUUAAAAACUCAUCAUAAUCUUCCGAAUUCUAUUGCACAAUUAGUUCAUGAUCAUAUCAAAGAAAUUCGAGCAAAAUAUGAUAUUAAUUAA